AUGGCCGGGCGAUAUCACCGCCUUUGCCCCAAGUGGUACAAGGUGAUCCUCGAGCACUGCGUGGUCGACCUGGAGGAGGAGCAGGACGAAGUCCAGCCGUCGGCCGUCGACCUCGUCUCGGUCUUUGAAAUGUACCCGAGCAUGAAGCGCGCCCACAAGGCCGGCCCGACAACGCCCUGCACCGUGACGGUCCAUCGCGCCCAGGGCCUCGCGAAUCCGCUGGUCUUCGGCGCGCCGCAGCGCUACUACCGCGUGCGUGUCGGCGGCCAAGUGCUCGAGACCAAGCUCGAGGUGGACAUCCUCAAUGCGGACGGCGGCCGCCUCGGCAAGUGCAGCGUUGCGCUUCUGGAUGUGAUGAACAUCCGGCGCCCGAGCCUCGAGCUCUGGCUCCAAGUGUACUCGACAGGAAAGCCCUGCGGCGAGUUGCACGUGACGCUCGAGUUUCCGAGCGUGAACCUCCGCGACCGCUUCGAAGCCUACCGCGCCUACUUGAACGACGCGAGCCCGCGCGCCGUCCACUCCCUCCUCAAGGUCAAGUGCGACCGCAUCUUGCUCGAGCGCGGCCCCGAAGCGACCGCCAAGAUCGUUCCCGGCGUCGUCAUGCUGCGCUAA